UCAGUCUCCUCCCCCCUCCCCUCAGCGCGCAGGUGUGUGAGCAGCAGGAGAUGAGCGGAGCGCCAAACCCAAACUUUUUUACGCACCUCCACCUCUCCACCUCCACCUCCACCUCCACCUCCCUCCUUCUGCGGAUGAACACCUGAGCGUGCACCACCUCUGCAGCCCUCUCCCUUUGUUUACUCUCGGAUUACUAUGGAUUAACAUUUUCUUCGGGGAGCCAUGCUCGCGUGCUCGGUUCACCCUGGGUCGUGCCGCCGAGUCCUCGCGGGGAACAGAUCCGACUUGGAUGCCCUCCAUUCCCGUUUCCGCAUUCCCGCCGCCGCCGUGCGCACUGCAGGCGUGGAGCUGGGAUCCAUGAUCUGAACAGAACAAACCGGUUCCUCCGGCUGGUCGAGCCCUCUGCUGCUGCUGCUGCUGUCACUGCGUUAUGUUUCCAGCCGGGGGAGGAAGACUUGAGGCUGUGAGAGAGGCCGUUUUCAGCGCACUGACGGAGUCUGGACCGGGCUGUAUCGAUCACUGAUUGAGUCUGGAUUAACCCCACCGCCGCGCACCUUCAUGUCCCGGGAUGGAGAGCUGCUGCCGCUCCUGUAUGCCGUGUCUGGACCGGCUCUGGAACUACAUUUGGCCGGACUUUCGCUACCCGAACGUCCCGAACAACAACCACAUCAUCGUCAACCCGGCGGCGCACGCGGCGGAGAUCCGCACCGUGUCCGGAGACAUCCGCGUCCCGUCGCCCAAGAAGCGGCCGGUGCAGCUGUACGCCGCGCUCUUCGACUUCGAGGCCCGCAGCGACGACGAGCUGACGGUGAAGGAGGGAGACAAGCUGUCGGUGAUCGAGAAGAGGGGGGAGUACGUGCUGGCCAAGAAGCUGACCGGGUCCCUGGAGUCCGGACUGAUCCCGGCCAACUACGUGGCUCUGCUGCAGGACGAGUUCGCCAAACACAAGUGAGUGUCCACGAACAUCUGCUGCUGCUGGGUCAGGGGGGACUGGUCCUGGAUCUGCUGACUGAGACAUGAGAGACCCUUUAAAAGAUCACCUACAUCUAAAGAGAGAGAUUCAGGGGACAGGAGCUCUGAGGGUUUUGGUGUUUCUCUGAAUUUAGAGCAAAACUGGGAAAGGGUCUCUAAGAGGAAAUCUGCCAGACCCCCCAAAACUGAUCUGUUGACCGAGGUUUGACCUUUUAUCAGACACCUGAGACCUGGGGUCCAAAUGUCUCUGAGGACAACAGUGAAAAGUCUCAGUCUGGUUAUCAGCAGAGAUCCUGAUCUGAUCUGACCUUAUAUAACCUGUUUUUCUUCAGCUGAAGCCUCUUAGUUCAACAACAAUAAAACAUUUCCAGAAAAAACCUCAAAGUCCAGAAGAAAAGAGAGAACUAAAUAUUGAAUUAUUACACAAAAGACGGUCAAAGUAAUCAGAUGUUUUAGAACAAAAGGAAACAAAAUAAACUUGGUGAGAAAAUUCAGGUUUUUAAACUGAAACAACAGAAACUUAACGCCAUCCUCUCUCUUCAAUAUAAAUAUAAACCACUACUUUGACAGAGUAUUUAUAUAUGCAUUCAGAUUUAUUUAGAUUAUUUUUGAUUGUUAGAUAAAUAUCUGAAACCAAAGAAGAUAUUUGAUAGAAUAAACUGACGCCUCAAUGAAGAACAGAAGUUUAAAGGUUUAAAGUGUUAAAUUAUGAAAAAAGGUGAAUUUAUUUAAGAGUUAUCACCUACUCUCUUCCAGCAGCCACUUGUUUGACCUCAGGCCAGUCCAUUACGGACUACAGCGGGGUGCCGCAGCUCAAGGAAGAACAUUUAUGAUCAUUUCUUCAUCAUUUCCUUGAAGUAAUAAUCACCAUAUUAAUCAUUUUACAGACGCGGUAGUUCUUCUGUCUUAGCGUCUCGGUCUGAUUGUAUUUCCAUGAAGAAAUGAUCAUAAAUGUUCUUCCUUGAGCUGCGGCACCCCGCUGUAGAGAGUAGGUGAGUUGUGUUUAGUAUCUUUGCUAAAGAAAUGAGUCAAAGUUAAAAAGAUGUUUGGUGUCCAGAGAGAAAUCUGGACUCUCUUUGUGUCCAUUAAACAGUUUCAGACUUUCUGUAUUUGGGUUGGAGUUGUUAAAUCAGGUGGUGAAGCGGUCCCCCGUCUGCUCAGGUAACCCUGUUUGUUCAGACAGAAGUGGAAUUUUAAGGUUAGAAAAGUCUAAACUCACAUUUAAAAAAAAGCAGCAGAGUAAUCAUCUGUAAGAAUUCCAGCCGUGGAAAUGUGAGUGCAGUCAGAGUUGAAACUGAAAUGUUUGGACGUGUGCCGCCGCCGCCGCCGCUGCUGGAGAAGACUGGAGCUAAAUGUGUCCAGGAGCUGCAGCUGCAGGUCGUCCAUUAUUCAUCCGUCCUGCAGGAAUCCUCAUGUUUCAGCCCCGCUCACUCAUCUGAGCCUCACUUCACUGUCACUGCUUACACCGCUCACCCCGCACUGACGCCGCGCUGUCCCACAGUCCUCAAACACACCACCAAAGACAAGACUGUAAAAAAACGAGCUGCAGCUGAGCUCGAAUCAAAACAGAAAUCCUGAUUUUAGGAGGAAACUCAGACGUUUAAAAUCUGCUUUGUCGUUUCAGUCUGUUAUUUAUUUUCUCUAAAGUUUAGUUCACAGAGGCGCCAGUUUCCAGAGAGGUUUCUAUCUCAUGAUUUUAAAGGGAUGACUGAACAGAAAAAAGGAUGAACUGCUCCUUUAAAAAGAGAAACCUCUGAGGUAAAAGUGCAGAUAUUGGCGCUUCCACUCAUUUUCCAGGUGGGCCGCAUGCACGCAACCACUUUUUUUCACCCUGACUUUACCCAUCAGCCCCUCUGGUAAAAUCCCCCCCGUGAAGGCAGGGCGAGCUGAUGUGAUGACACAGCAGGAAAUAUUCAGAGGAGGAGCGAGAGAAGGAGAGAGGGAGAGAGAGAGAGAGGGUGAGGUGAUGAUGUUUGCAGAAUAGAAACACAUGAGAGGAUGAAUAAAAACAGGAGGAAUAAUUAUCAAGAUAAGAACCACGAACAAACUUUACCUCAACUUUUUAUCCUUUAAGAAACACCAGAGGAAAAGAGAGGCGAUGUGAUUAUUACGUUUCUAUCAAUCAAUCUAUCAAUCAAAUGCAUUAAAAAGGGCUGAGGAAACACCAUUUUAAAACUCAAGAUAAGGAAACACUGGAGGUUAAAAUCCAAAAACAAGGUAACAUAGAAUGAAAUUUAAGAAAUGAUAAAUAACAUGAAAUAAAAAACAACAGUAAAAGAUACUAAAAUAAAAAAAGCUAAUGAUAUAAAAUUUAGUCAAAGCAAAACUAAAAAGGUAUGUUUUCAUUCUGCUUUUAAAAUCAUUAUGAGGUGCAGUCCUUCUAAAUUCACUCUUAAAAACACAAAGACAGUUUCACAAACGUCGUGUUUUUGUGGGUUUUAAACUCACAGAGGGAAAGCUAACACUAUAAAUGAUAAAUGCUGCAGUGAGUAGAGAAAGUGUAAAUACAUCUUAUCCUCAUUUAUAAAAUAAUUAAACAGUUAGAGUCGGUGUUUCAGUGUAAAUUAGAGUCUUAGUUAGGGAGACCUCAGGCCAGUCCAUUACUGACUACAGCGGGGUGCUGCAGCUCAAGGAAGAACAUUUAUGAUCAUUUCUUCAUGGAAAUACAAUCAGACCGAGACGCUAAGACAGAAGAACUACCGCGUCUGUAAAAUGAUUAAUAUGGUGAUUAUUACUUCAAGGAAAUGAUGAAGAAAUGAUCAUAAAUGUUCUUCCUUGAGCUGCGGCACCCCGCUGUAGUCCGUAAUGGACUGGCAACAUUCAUCUCUGGAGGGGGGGGUCUAACUCGGUGGGUUUGACCCUAAAUCAAUUUUACGCCAGAAUAUCCUGUUUAGUUAUGAGGCGUUUUCUCUCCUUUACGGUCAUGAAUUUUCAAAAGUUUUAUUAAUUUUAAUACUUGACAAACUUUCCUUUUUUUAAUGAAGCUGAAUUAAAUUAAAUUUCAGGAACAAAAACAAAAACAAACAUCAGACAUUCAAGUUUAUUCAUGUUUGCAGCCUCCAGCUCUCUCUCUCUAUUUUUACUUCACGUUCAUUUCAUUCUCCUUGUUUCCUCGUUGAGUUUUGAUCCUGUUCUUCCGACUCCGACUCUGUUCUGAUAUCCUGGAGCGGUUGAUUCAGAGUUAAGUCUGUUUGUUGAGCCUCUUCUUGUUGUUACUGUCAGUGAAACCGGACACACCCGCCCUGAUACUGAAGAGUAAAUACAGGUCAGUUUCUGCUAACACACACUCUCUAAAAACCUCUUCACUUUAUGAAGUUUAUUUUUCUUAAAGGAGUUCAACUCUUUCAUUAAAAGCCUCUUAAACGUCCUCGCCUCUUUCCAAACACUCGACUCGUAUUUGGGUAGAAGUUUCAAACAGCUGAUUUUAGAUUUAAAAGAGCCGCUACGCCGCUGGAGUCAGAACUGAUCCGACCUGUUAGUUCAUCUGUGUGUCUCUGUCAUGUUGACUUUCUCAGCCCUGAACCCGCAGAGAGCGAAACAUCUUCACCGCAUCAUUAGAUGUACGCACCACCACUGACCUCAGUUUAUUUAAAUCAAAGUUAAAGACGCACCUUUUUAGACUUGCUUUUAACUCUGACUAGGUAGUCCUGUACUUAUAGGUUUUUAGCACUUCUACAUACUAUUUUAUUGUAUUAUUUUAUUCUCAUAUUCAUUUUUAUUAUUUCAUCGUUCUUGUAUUAUUCUAUUCUACUGUAUUAUUUUAUAAUGGUAUUUUUUCUUGUGUUAUUUUAUUGCUUUUAUGUAAAGCACUUUGGGUACCUUUUGGGAUAUUGUAAAGUGCUAUAUAAAUAAAAUUUGAUUGAUUGAUUGAUUGAUUAGAAACGACGACGCACUUUAGGCCGACUCUUUUCUGCAGGCGCUUUAAAAACAGUCAAACUAAACAACCAACAGACUCUCGGAAAAACUAAUGAGGACAUAAAUCAGUAAAGAGAAGAAUCAUCACCUGCUUCUCUUCUCCAUGCUGAUAAACUCAUUCAUUCAUUCAUUCAUUCAUCCUGAUCAUGUCUUUCUUUGUGUUUUCCUCCUCCUCGCCCUCUCUGAUCCCCCUCUCUCUCCGGUCUGGUCUUUGUGCGUCUGUCCUCGCCGCCGCUGCAGAUGGUACUACGGGAACAUAAACCGGGUGAAAGCUGAGAAGCUGCUGCUGGCGUCCCAAAACAAAGAUGGCUCCUUCCUGGUCCGCAUCAGCGAGAGUCACAGCGACGAGUACACGAUAUCAGGUAAGAGUCCGUACGUCCACCUUCAUCCUGAACGGUGACCUUUUUCUCCACCACUCUGUCCUUUUUAUUCUGGUUUAAAUCAAACAAGAAGUCAAACUUGGUUCUGAAGCAUUGGACUUUUACUUCAAGGAAAUGAUUUUUAAAACACACUCAGAUCAUUCAAAGAUUCAGAGGAUCUAGGGAAAUCUCUGUCCUAAAGGGACAAGGACCAAAACCAGGACUCUGGAGUGGAAAUCACUGCAUGAAAAGGACAACUGGACUAGUCCUUUUCAUGAAGAACUGGAAAUCAUAGAUGCUGCAUCCUCAGUUUUAGAGCAUAGAGGGUCCACCUGGCUUGACUCUGUAGUAGAAAUCACUGCAUGGACUCAGGUUAGAGUUUGUCACUGAAACUGAACUAUGUAAAGAAGACCCGUCUGGGCCCGAGUUUGUCUAAGAUGGACUGAGGGGACACAGAAAACUGUCCUGUGGUCUAAUUGAUCAACCACACCGUCGACGCGCUCGUCUAACUAAAGAGGAGAGAGACCACCUAGCUUAUUAUCAGGGGUUCUGUCAGAGGGCGGUGUGGAAUCUCUUCAUUUUUACUCCAGAAUAUCCCUUUAAAGGAGGUAUGAUAGGACAGACUCGUUGUGAACACAUGCAGCGUUCACUCCUUCACAUCGAGCUAACCUAACAGACGAACAGAAACACCUCCGCUCUGUCCUGAGCUGCAGAGCUUCAUCUGUGUUCGAUCCUCUCUCUCUCUGCUUCUCUCUCCCUCUUUUGCGUUUCAUCCACCCUGUACUCCAUCCAUCACCCCCUCACUCUCCUCCCUCCCUCCUUCCCUCCCUCUUUCCUCCUCUGCCCUUCACUCCCUCAAGGUCUCCAGCCACCGUCAACCUCAAUCUCCCCGCCUUCGAUUUUUCCUCUCCGCCUCUCUCCGCUCAGAGGGCGCGAGGUGACGAACUCGCCCUCCGGCGGCGGCCAUGUUGGAGGUUGAUGGUGCAAUAACGUCUGAUUGCUGUUAUAAAAAACAUUAUGGGACUCUGCUCUGAGCAGAAACCACCUCCGGCUGGAUGGUUGGAGAUUCUGACGUUUGACUCGGGCAGUAAAGUUGAAACAGGAUCUGAUCUGCUCGCUGCUGGAGUCCAGAGACGCCGGAGUUUGUUAAAAGAUAAAACGAAGGACCUCUAAGAGUGCGCACAUCUAUGAGACCAGAGCUGCAGGUUAUUUAAAUUAUCCAUCUCUGUAAAGUAAAGAGUUUUAUUCAUGCUGACUUUACUCUCAAACUGGAGAGGGAGAGUUUAUUCAAUAUGACUAAUGCACUAAAUAAAUAAGUUUAAUAUAACAUUCAAAUCUUUAUGCAAAAUUAAUCAACAAAAAACUCGUAAAAGCAGAAGAACAGUAAAGAAACGUGAUUUAUCGAUCAGGUUAAACGCUGCAGGAGACGCCAGAACGCCGUCUUUAUAAAGCGUGCAUUUGUUGUUGUUGAAGCGAACAAAUGAAUGCAGAUCAGAGUUUUUACAGGACGCAGCGUGUUGAGUUCAUUUAUGGAUUCGUAGAUAUAAAAGUCUUAAAUUUCAUCUGGACAACAAUUCAAACGAUUUUUUUCAGUUUUCCAAUGAUUUAGGAAUAAAUCAGAAUGAUUCAGGGGGGCAGAGCGGUCAACAAGUCGUCCACAAGCCCCAGAACAGCAAACAAGCACCAGACAAAAUUCAGGUAUUUCUGCUCCAGAGAUAAAAUACAUGAUAACCAUCACUGAGCUGCCGGUCUGUUAUCACGCCAAACCACAAACUAGAGAUGUGGAGCAACUCCAAAAAACAAACUAGAAAUUCCCACCUGAUUUAUUGGAAUCAGUGAUCAGCUGAUGGACCAUCUGCAGAAGAGAAGUCUUUAAAAAUGACACAGGUGACGAGAUUUUGGCGAAAAACUUCAUAAUUUAAAGACGACUGAGAGACACUGUAAGAGUUAAAAAUCAAAACUCAGAGUCUGUAGAUGUCAAACACGGUGAUGUAAACAGACGGCAGGAAUUAGAGCGUUUUAUCAGUUUGAACUUUGCUCUCAGUCUGAGGUCACUCACCCUCAGCAGGCGCUGAAACUCUGAUGGUAUUUCGAUAGUCGAGGAGACGGUUUGUUUUACAUUCUGCUCAUUGUGAGGCUGUUUGUGCGAUCGUAGUUUUUGCAGAGAUCCGUGCAGGACAGUCUGAUCUCUUAUUCUCUGCAGAAAAAUCAUGUAUUCUCACUUUUUUCAUCCAUGUGUCUUUGUCGCUCCGUUUAUUCGUCAUGCUCUCUAUCAGUGACAGCAUUUGUAUGUAUCACCCAGAGCUAAUUUCCCCUCCGGCUCUGUGCUGCUGUGUCUCUUAUCUUAUCUUCUCUCCCCUCAGAUGGUCCAAAAUCAUUAAGCUGGUUUGUUCUUCAGAAGGUUGUUUCAUGAUCAGGGUGCAGAAUGAGGAGAAGCUGCUUCACCAGGUGGAUUCAGGAGAUAAUAGUGUUGACAGUUUCCGAUCAAAUGGACACGAUUAAAUUUACUUUUCAGGUUUCUAUUUAAAAAACCCUGUAUGAGCUCUUUACUUUGAUCUGAAGUGAUCUGAAGUCGUCCAAAGAUUUUGUCCUCAAAUAUUUAGUUAAGAGAAAUCGAACAGAGACCUUAAAGUUCCUGAUCGGAGAAAAGCGACAUGGAAAUCUGUGCGCAGACAUUGAAACCUCCUGAUUUCAAACCAUAGACUGUAAAAACUCAGGAAAACUUGGUUCUGCCGUCAGCCAGUAAACGGAUUUGAAGCCGAAAAGUUCUCGGUAAUUUAUGGGGCUUAUGACCUAUACUACAGCCCGUCACCAGAGGGCGCUGUUCUCACGGUGGCUUCACCAAGCGAGGAGGCAGACGGCAUCUACUCUAUAUAGAGUCUAUGGCUCAAACCCAUAGGUAUAGAUUUGUUAUCCAACCCAUAAUGCACCUGGAAUUUUUAAUACUGGGCGCACAAAUUACAAACCCUUUCCUCCCCGUGGAUUACUAAUCCAUACCCAUGAAUUAUAGAGUGUCUGCACAUAGAUCUGCACAUAGAUCUUCACAUAGAUCUGCACACAGCUCUUCUGUUUCCUUACCUGGUGGACGGACUGCAACAUCGAACUUCUUAUAUAUACAUAUUUAAGAAUAAGAAUAACUUUAUUUAUCAGCAAAGGGAUAUUCAGUUAUCUGUCAUGUCUCUAAAAGUCAUAUACUAUUUACAGAUAUAUUAAUAUAUUAUAUAUUUUAAUAUAUAAAACUAUUCGAAUGUAUAUAAAACACUUUUGAUAUAUUUAACCUACAGUCCUAAUCUGAAAGAGGAACCUGCAGAAUAAGGGACCGUCAAUAAAUUACUGGUUGAUGUUCUCAGAAAAGGCUGUUUUCCUUCAAUAGCUUCAGUCAUGUGACCAAAAGACCUAAAAUUGAUUUCUAAUGAUUGUACUUAUGUAGACCAAUAAGACAAACAUUAUUUGAUCAGUUUUCAUUGAUCCCCUGAAGUUCUUUGUGCUCCUUACUUUUUCAACUUAGGAGAACAUGUGAGUGAAAGAAGUUUGUGUCGAGUCCUGUAAUCUAUUGAUAAGGCACUGAUAUAUUGGGAAUUUUAACACAUAUAAUCAGGAGGUUUUCAGAGAUCAGGGACCCUCAGAUCCUUUUUGGUUUCCUUCUUUAGUUUCCUCUGAAAAUACGGGGGGAGGUAGAGCGUGAAUACGGGGGAGGUAGAGCGUACAGCCGAGCCAAACUCUCCUCUCUCUCAUUCAGGCAUCAGUGUUUUGUGUCUGUUUCACAUUUUCUAAGAGUGGAUUUGUUCGAGCCUGACUGUAGCUCAAGUGUGUGUGUGUGUGUGUGUGUGUGUGUGUGUGUGUGUGUGUGUGUGUGUGUGUGUGUGUGUGUGUGUGUAGGAGGGGGUCCUCUCAUUCAGCUCUUGUAAAUAUCUGGAUGUUCUCCCGUCUCUAAUUGACUUGGCUCCUGAUCAGAGUCUCUGUAAACACGACGUUUUUAGCAGCUCGUCCUCCUCCGUCGUAGUAACCCACAUUUUCUCCCGGCUGUUGGCACCAGGCGGGACUUUUUUACGGCGAGUGAGCUCACGGCCAAUUCUCUAAUGAACCCCCCGAGAUUUGUGUGAUCUGUGACUUUUACAGCCUCUUAUUCUUCCCUCUCUCCCUCUCUCCCUCUCUCCCUCUGAUCCUCACAUGUCCGUCCCCUCGGUUCCUCUUCGUCCUCUGGUUUCACACACAUCUUCUGCGUUUGCAUCUUUUUCCCUCCCCCUCCUCUUCUCCAAGGUCCCUGAGGUCUCAGGGGGAAAAUGCUGCAGUUAGACGCUCACUUCUCGCUGCCGCUGCUGAAAUAUGCAUCAUCAGUACUCUGAGCGCACAGGAGUGUGGCGGCAGAACAGGCCCCGCCUCCUCCUUUAAAGGCUCCAUUACACACCUUUCUGUCUGAUUUACUGUCCGUGUCCACCGCCACAUAAACAGAACCAUAAUCCUGUUUUUCAGAGGAGAAAUAUGGCCUCUUUUUUCUGUGAGGAGUAAAGUCGGCGUGUCUCUGUUUGUCUCGGUGUUUUCAUCCUCCAUAAAACUAGAAACCCUCAGGAAAACACAGAUGAAUAAAACUGAUGCAUUUAUGUACAAACUGGAUUUUUUUAGCUGCAGUUAAUCAAGUUGAAGCGUGUUCGCUAACAUCGCCAACAUGAAUAAAUCUGAGCUUCUGUCCGGUGAAAGGAAAGUUUCCAGAAGAGCAGAUAUUCAAUCACAAUCAGAUCAAUACUUUUUCCAAUGAUAUCAAACUUUAACGACCCAGCGUUACAAAACUCUGCUGCUGCUUCAGAAAUACCUGCGUCUGUAUUUUCUAUAUUUUCACUGUCUAUCUAUCUGUCUAUCUAUCUAUCUAUCUAUCUAUCUAUCUUCCUGUUGAAAUGGUGACCUGUAGAUAUGGUGACUCGUCAGUUUAGUGACCUGUUAUUGGUCAUCACUUCCGUUUUGCCUUUUUUUAUUCGCUUCCUUUAAUUUUUUAUUUUCACAGUCAGUAACUUAUUUUUUUUCAUCUGCACUUUUUUUGCGUCGUUAACUUCUGUUGUGACUUCUUUUUUUAUUAGCAGCAGUGGCGGUUAUGGGCCACCGUACUAAACAACAGUUUUUACGGGGGUUAUUACGGGGGGCAUGUGUGAGAUGUUGUCUGUGUUUGGGUCGGUUCGGUGAUGAAGUUCUCCUCUCUGCUCAGGUCUGAAUCCUCAUCACUGAGUUUGAUCUCCUCAGGAUGAAGCUGUGCUGAUGUCGGCUCACCACCACAGAGCCGAAUAAUCAGAUUAUUGAUCUUGUUUAAUUUAAUAUUUUGGUGGGAAAGAGGUCAGGGAGUCUCUGAAAGUCUUGAGUCUCUGAAUCUUCGCCUGCUUCAGAACUUCGAUGAGCAAAUGUCGAGUUUUUUUCACUGACGGAGUAACAAAGAGAGGAAUGAGUCACUCUGAUGUUUCCUCUGUAUGUAAAUCUGUCCUGUUAUCUUUUCCAGCUCAAAGCACCAACACAGGUCUUUGAGUUUAGAGAAAACAGAAACUUUUAGGUUUUUACAAAAAGGGAAAUACUGAAUUUAAAGAAGAGAAAAUCCGAUUUAAAGACUCCUGAUGAGGUUUAUUUAGGAUCUGCAGGACUUGAAUAUGUGAUGAAUCUCCUCUUUCUGUCUUCAGCCCGCAGUGAAGGGAAGGUUUACCACUUCAGGAUCCAGCGCUCCACCAUCGGGGCGUACUUCGUGUCCGAUAAGAUCUCCUUCGCCACGCUGGGGGAGCUGAUCUCGUACUACCAGAAGAACCCGCGCAGCCUCGGCGUGCUGCUGGAGGAGCCCUGUGCUCAGCAGGUAGGACCCGAAACGUCAGGUUUUUACUUCUAUUCUUGUGAGGACCUCCAAUGACACCAUGGAUCCCCUGAAAUCUCAUAACAUUUUAGUUUUAAAGAGAUAUUUCAGUAUUUUUGAAGCAGGGUUGGGGAGUUACAUACUGGGCGUGAAAACUAAGCAACAGUUUUCGACAGAUUCAGAUUAUCUGGAGAGACCCUGAACCAAACACUCAUCUUGGUUCAAGAACAAACUCACAGAAAUACUCGAGACGAGUCCUUCAGUCGGACAAAAUUAGCCAAACCACUCAGAUCUGUCUGCGGUAAACUGUAGCUUAGCCUGCGCAUCAGUUCCUCCUGCAGUUUCUCAUUAAUGGGGUCAAGCGGACCAGCAUCUCCUGUGGCGAGUCCAUGAAUUGGUGACCGACCCGACUGAAGUCAUUCUGUAUAAACAGGUUAGAUCUUAAUCGGUCAGUCCAGGUUUGCUCCCGGUCCGUCGCCUUUCCAACAUGGCGUCCCUCAGUCCUCGUCCUUGUUUCCUGCUCCGUCUGCUGCCUCACUGACCUGUCUCCUCCGAGUAAAAACAAGAAAAUAAAUCUAAAGUUAAAGUUAAAGUUAAAAGAAUCCUGGACUCAGUAGACAGACAGACAGAAAAAUGACUCCAAACCAAGUUUUCAGUCAUGCUCGGUCCUCACAAAGAUAGAAGUACAGUUCAUGCAUCGGUCUGUGUUAACUCUGGUCUGCAGUACGUUUUUAAUUUCUUUGUGUUUAAUAAAAUCAGAGUUUGUAAAAUAUGAUGAUCUUCAGAGUCGUUGUGAUUUAAAAGCUGGAAACUCCAAACUAAUGGGCCAAACUCACGAUGUUUCGCCGAUAUUCUCAGAAAUAAAAUGCGGAGAAUAAGAUUCGGUUUCACUUCUAAAAUGUUCCGACAUUUGAAAAGUUCCCCGACUUAUCCUGAAGAUGGCGCAGCGACCUCAUGACGAUCUUCACCCACUAACUACUAACUUGAAAACGUUUUUCUGUUCCUAGUUUGAUUCACGAUAAAUACGUGGAAUAUUUCUUAGAUUAAUAUUUCUGAGAAGUGUUUGACAGGUUUAAAAGCAGCCAUUCGUUAUGAAAAUAAGUAAAUAUGUAGCUAUAUUACUUAAAUUAAAAAAAUUCAAAAGUUCAUAAAAAAUUUAAAAAAUUGGCCGGUUAACUGGUAAUCUGAUUUCACCCCUCCUAAUUGUCGGUAUCGGCCCCAAAAAUUCCACAUCGGUCGAGCCCUAAGCCGGAGUGGAGUCUGUAAUGGACCGCUUGUAUCGGAGUGCUGAUAUCAGAGAUUUUAGAUGCAGGCCGAUAAAUCCGAUAUUUGUUUUUUGGCUGAUAUCGGACUGAUAUCAGAUAUUGAUCUUGUAUUGGGACAUCCCCGCUGUAGUUUAGAUAUAAGAGAGGUGAACAGGACUUAAGGCAGUUAAACUGACCUGAGCUCCUCCUCGUAUUCUCACUUUUCCCCAGAGUAACGCAGUAAAAGUAUAAAAUCUGAAAAGUUAAAGUCCCUGUUUGAACGUUUGAACACCGUCUUUGUGCUCAUUAGUCUUUAGACAAAUUCAGAUAUUCACUCCAGCUCUGCAGAACUUCCCUAAAGAAGAAGCUGUUCCUGUUAAUAUUUCAGGUUUUUUUUUAUCCUCCUUCAAACUGACUUUUUUUUUUUAAUUUGCAGUGAAAUAUGAAACCAAGCGCAACAAAGACCCUGAAUUAGUCUCUCCUUUUGCUGCGCGGCGGCAGCAGCUUAAUGAGCACUGUCUUAUAUACAUAAUUAACACCAAGAGGCAAACAUAUUUGGAGCGUAAUUAAGCGCUGAAUAUAAUAUUUGGAGGAGCUGGUGAGAGAAUGAAAUCACGUGUCGGCGCCGUAAUUACAUGCAGAGUCUGUAUCUGUAUCUGCAGCUUAAAUUAAACCCUCAGCCGGACGAUUCUUUAUUCACGGCACAUCAGUCGGCGCCCGGCGGGAGACGACCGCGCUCAGCUCGCCGAGGUUUCUCUCUAUCUCUACCCUGCUGAAAGAGAAACCACCUUUUUUAAAAACACACAGCCGUCACACUGCGGAGAGAAUCAGGUUACAAACACAGAGGGAUGUUUUAGAGAUUCUCCAGCGUGGAUUUAGAGAGUCAGUCAGAGCUCUCCAGGAUCCGAGGACACUCAGUGACUCCUCCCUCUUCUCUCUUCCCUUCCAGAGGGGGCUGUGAGUCUGAGGCCGACGACACUGAGGCAGAAACACACAGAGGAAACACACACACACACACACACAGAGGAUCACACUGACACACACUGACUCCUUCACACUCAAACACACAAACACAGAAAAAUGACCUUUAAUUGAACUUUAUCUGAAAGAGGCACAAGAAACAAACUCUUUUACAUUUCUACUUUAUGAUCAUUUCAGAUCUUCUGUCCUCCAACAUUUCAGUAACUUUAUAUAUUUAUACGUUAUUUUUAGACUUUCACAGCAUCUGAAUGUAAACGCUGAAUGUGAUUGUUGAUUUUUAUUGAUGAAUGAGUUUAAAAAGGUUCAAUCAGUGACUUUUUAGCUGCACUGUGAAAUCUCCAAAUAAGAUUUUGUCUAUUACACGACACAAAACUGUCGAAUUUAGAAGAUCAGGACCGCUGAGAAAUAAAAAUAAGGUCAGAAUUGUUUUAACUUUGACUUUUUUCCUCAUAAUUCUGACUUAAAAUUUAGAAAUCUGAGACAAAAAACUGAACUUUUACUUUAAGACUUUUAUGAGGAGUCACAAGGCUGGGAACAAAGUCAGAAUUCUGGAAAAAAACAAAAACAAAACAAAAAAAAACAGAAUUUUGAUUUUAAAAAUUCUGUAUUAAAUUAUAAAAAUUCUCAGUAAAAAUCAGUUUUAAGAGAAAAAAGUCAAACUCCAACAAAAGUCAGUUUUCGGAAUAAAAAUUUAGAAUUAUCUGUGAAAAGUAAAAGUUUUGAGGAAGUCAGAAUUAUAAUCCCAAAAAAGGUAAAGGUAAAGGAUUAUAAGAAAAAAAGUCUGUAUUCCUAUUAAAAAAAUCUAGAUUUUCUGUGAAAAAAACAGAAUCCUGGAAAUAAAGUCAAGACUCUGACCUUUAAAUUGGAAUUCUGGAGGAAAGAAAAAGUCCUAAUCGAAAGAAAAAAGUCAAAAAUUUAGUAAAAAAGGAAAAAAAUAAAGGCUUUUUCUUAAAUUCAAGCUGCCCUAAACUUUCUGUUGAACGAAAACUGAUACUUAAAAAUGGAGAAUAUCGUCUCAUUUAUCCAGAUUACUAACCUCAACAAUAAUCCUAAAUUCUUGUUUUUUAAAGCGGCUCAGUCACACAAGAGGAUAUUGAAGUUUGUUUUAUUACCUGAUAAUCUGAUGACAUAUAAUAACCGUUAAGUUAAAGACAGAAAAGGUUAUAAAGAGUUAAACUUCAUGACGCCGUUAUCCUGAAGGAUAGAAGUGCAUUAACAGCUCUUUAGUAUUUCAAACACAGAGGAGGCUUCAUGAAGAUUUAUCAUCACACUCUGACGGUUCUUCAUUCAGAUCCACAAACUCCAGGAUAAAUCUGUAUAUGCACAUUAAGAUCUAACCGCCUCAUCAGUUAAAGAGUCUCUAAACGUGUCGUCAAUCACUCUUUAUUGACUCCAAACCCCGCUCUGUCCCCGGUGAUUAUACAUCGUCAAUAAAUACUGACAGAGAUCUGAACCGCAGAGGCGUUCCUGUCCGCCUUAAGCUGCUAAAUGCAGAUUUAUCCUGAUGUUCAUAAACGGAGAGGAGAGAUUCGUCACAUUUAAAACCAUUAGUGAGAUUACAUCAUGUUUAAUUGUUAAUGGAGGGAACAACAGUUUAAUUAGGAGGGAUUAAAAAUGACAAAUCAACCUUUAAAACUAAGAAAGAUUAAUAAUUCAGACUGAAACAGACGGUCCAUGUUGUUUUUAAAGGUCCUGGUUAUUUCAGUUUUUUACACUUUUAAGACUUUUUUUGUUUCUAUUCUCAAACAGACUUUUAUUAAACGGUGUCUGCUGUCAAAACUCCAAUAAAAACCUUUUAUUUAUUUAAAUGUGCCAAAGAAAACUCAAAGUUUAUGAAUAUUAUGCAGCUGACAAAUGAAUCUGUUUUAUUUAAUAAGAUAUUAUUUGAUUUUUGUUGACUUCUUUGUUUGAUGAUUUUGUCUAAUUUAUGGAUCAAUCAUUUCAAUCAUAUUAUCUCUGUCUAUAAAAGCACUUGAUCAUUAGAACAAAAAGGUUUUGUAGCGACUGAUUAUUUCUUAUAAUAAAGAUUUUUGAAUAUGUGAAUAUUUUGUUUUUUCCUUUAUUUCUUUGUCUGUACUUUCCUCACUCGGGCUGAUUUCAUAAAGGUAUCGUCAAAGUAUGAUAAUAGUUUUAUGGUUUUUAGAUUUUUUUUUAUAAAAGAGUGGAAGUAUUAAACGUUUAAAUGAUCAGGACUGAUUUAAUCUUAACAAACUCAAAGGUUGAUGCAAAAUGAAAACCUCAGACUUGAUUAACUCUUGCAUGUGUUGUUUCUUGUUUUUUGCACAUUUUUAUAAAGUGACAGAGUGGGUUUCUGUUAAAAUUAAGGGUUUUAUACGGUGGCCCUGAGGUGCAAAACACAACACAAAAAGAGAAAACACAAUCGGUACUGUCGUUGUGUUUUUCGAGUUGCCGCUGUGUUUUGCACCUCGGGGCCACUGUAGUUUAAUUCCCUUUACAGUAUUUUAUGAUUUAAUGUUUUGACAUUAUUCUGAGUAAGUUUUCACAAAUUAAAGCUCCUGUGAGGAACUUUCUGUGAAUAUUGGUUUUGGCGCCUCCUGUGGACACAGAUUUAUCUUUUUCAUAGAUUCUCAGUUCUCAGUCUUUUAUAGUCUUUUAUAUUUUCUUAUAGAAGUCUUUUAUUAUUACUAUUAUUAUUAUUAUUAUUAUUGUAAUUAUUAUUAUUAUUUUUUUUUAAUUCAAUUUUAUUUUUUUUAUAUUUAUUUAUUUUGAGUCUCAGUUUGAAGACAUCGACUCACCAGCUGCAGUUUUAGACAUAAAAAAUAACUAUUAGUCACUUUAUAUUCUGAUAUUUUUGGUCAGUUUUUGCGCCACUUCCUCUUCGUUCCAAAAAAAAACUUUUCAAACACUUUUAAUUCUUUUGAUUUGAUCAUAAAAUCUCUGCAGCCGACCAAUCAGCUCUCAUGUUUUCACACAGUGGAGUCGUCUGAAAACUAAAAAUAUAUCAAAUGCUCAUCUGCUCAUUUUUAGAAAUCGUGAAGUUUAACCUCACGUCUGUUCUUCUCUGCAGGUUCAUGUUCUCUUUAGUUUUACUCUGAUUGGUUUAAAGUUUUCUGGACUCACGCUGUGGUCUCUGUGCAGCGGGAACUCUUCGACAUGGAGCCGUGGGAGAGGCCGAGAGAGGAGUUCAGACUGAUCAAGAAACUGGGAGAGGGACACUUCGGAGAGGUGUGGGAGGCUCUGUGGACCACGGAGAACAGGAAAGUGGCCAUCAAGACGCUCAAACAAGGUACGAAACUCAUCAUGUAUACUCGUUUUUAAGAGUGAGAGAAAAAGACGGAGGAUAGAGGAGGAAACGAGAGAGAGGACUGACAUGUCUCUGAAGACUGAAGAGGUUUUCAUGUGUUUGGAGACACACGAGGCCUCAGAAUCUGUUCUCUGUUUUAUCAGAAAGGUUCAGUCUGAUGUUCAGUGAGCGGCUGACUAUGAUGAUUAGUAUAUAAGUAAAUCUUCACCUGUGUUUCUGUUUGUCCUCCUGCAGAGGACACGAAGCAGGACGAGUUUGUGAAGGAGGUCCAGGCCCUGAAGAGCCUCCAUCACCCGAAGCUGAUCCAGCUGUUGGCCAUGUGCUCCAGAGGAGAGCCGGUCUACAUCGUCACCGAACUCAUGAGCAAAGGAAGCCUCAAGUCCUAUUUGGCCUGUGAGUCCUCAAACACACACACACACACACACACACACACACACACACACACACACACCUGAGACGACACGAAUCCUCCGUCAGAUUAACUCCUAAUUCUGCAUUUCUCCGUUUUUCUUCACGACAGACGACUUGUGCAAAAACAAGGAGACUGUGUUUGAACAUGCAAAGAGGUUUAAAACGGAGGAGUUUGUUUAGCUUUCAUGGGCCUGAGAGUUUCAGUCUUUACCUCCGAGUUUUUUCUUUCCUUUUUUGGAAAGCCGUGUGAAACUGUAUUUGGGUCGAGCGACGUUAAAUCUCUCCAAAUGGAAUUAUAAUCUGCGUCCUGGCAGGAAUAUUGUCCUGACGUUUUUACAAAAGGCUUUAAUCACCGAGUCUUAGUGAGCCGAGUGUGAAAGGCUUUGACUCAGAUAUUUCUCAUUCCAGUUUUCAGUCUUCCUGCGUGUGUGAGAGUGUGUGAGUGUGUAUCGACUGGACUUAUCUGCUCUCUGUGCAGAAUUAGUGGUGUGAUUUCAGUAAAGCUUGAAAUGCUUCAUUCAACAGAGAGAAGAAAAAAAGCCUCCUCCAGAAUCUGCUCGGAUAACUGUUGAUUAUAUUUGAUACGCAGGACAUCUGUGGAGUUAUAUUUAUUAUCAGCAGUUAUGAUUGCAACAAUGAUCAGAGAAAAACACGUUUAUCGGCGCCUUAAAUAAACAGAUUAUUUCUGCAGUUGAAAUUAGGGACGCACCGAUCCGCCUUUUUCACCUGCGAUACCGAUACAGGUAUCGGAUACAGGUAUUGUGGAUGCCACUCACAGCGCAUAGCAUAGAGUUAGACCAAAUAGAUUAGCCCCUAUCCAUCGGGUCCAUUGUCACGAUACCCGAUCUAGAAUUUUCUUCAGUAUCAGGACCGAUACCGGUAUCAAAUAUCAGGUCGGUGCAUCCCUAGUUAAAAUAGAGCGAAAGAAAUUUAAAAAUUCAUGUCAAAGCGAGCGUUUGUGAAUUUAUCACCAAAUGACAACAAAGAAAAAAUGUGACAUAAUGAAAGAAAUAAAGUCAGGACUUUCUAAUAAAAGUCUGAAGUUGUUAAAUUAGUGUCUGUUCUUAAUUAAAGGUAUAAAAUCCAAAGUGUGCAGAGAUAGCUGCAGAUUAAAGGAGCAAAUACAGAAAAAGUGUCGCUGCAGGAAAAGCUUUGGAGUCGAACAAGAAUCGAUAAAUAGCGUCAAAAAGAUUUAACUGUUAAUUUACAAACUGAAAAGGAGGAUUUUAGAUGCCAAAUAAAAUUUAAAAAAUGAUCUAUAAUAACAAGACAGUGAAAUACAGCCGCACGUUCACGACCCUGUUUGAGAAAAACCUGCUUAAAAGACAAAUGUGUUCACCUGCUCAGCUGACAGUGUGUGUGUGUGUGUGUGUGUGUGUGUGUGUGUGUGUGUGUGUGUGUGUGUGUGUGUGUGUGUGUGUAGCUGCUGAAGGCCAGGUGCUGACCUCAGCUCAUCUGAUCUACAUGGGCAGUCAGAUCGCGGAGGGCAUGGCGUACCUGGAGGACAGAAACAUCGUCCACAGAGACCUGGCCGCCCGGAACAUCCUGGUGGGAGAGGAUCUGGUCUGCAAGGUGGCCGACUUUGGACUGGCCCGGAUCAUCAAGGUAAGCUUGGAGAGUGUGUGUGUGAGAGUGUGUGAGAGUGUGUGUGUGAGUGUGUGUGAUCCUGUGGAAACAGAAAGAGUGUUUCUUUCUCCUCUAACAAAACCACCUCCUCUGUUUUUCUUAGAGUAAUGCUAAUUCUCUGCGCGUUCCUUUAAAUAUGUAUAAGUUUGUUUUUGGUAUUCUCAUGUUUACUUAAUGUGAAAACUCCAUCUGUUCUUCCAGCUGUACUGUGUAAAGCUGCAGCACUCCAAACACCAUGUUUUAUUCAUACAGAGCCUCCGCAGCAGUCACAGACUUAACCUUUUAAGACGUCCGUUUCUAAGUGGAUUAUCUCAUUACUAAAAUUAAAUCACAGACGAUAAUAUUUACUGUAAAUAAACCGGAUACUCUGACGAGGACGGUCGCUGCUGCUCUCUGAAAUUAACGUUAAAAAAGUUCAUUUUGCAAACAAAUAUAAUUUAGGUCCUCCUCUUGUGUUUUAACCUUUUGUUUCCUGGUUGUUUUUUUAGUUCAGGGCCAAAUCAGUUUUUCAUUGAUCAGUUAUUGGCUGGAUCGUUUUCCAUUUACUUUAUUUAUUAGUCCUCGUACCUUCAGGCACCUGGAGCUCCAACACAACCAACACAAACCAAAGUCAGAAUUACCCUGUUUUACAUUCCCACAUAUAAAAAUAACCACAAUAAAAAGACCUAAUGUGGCUCCAUCAGGUACUGUUGUGUGGGGGACUGGACUUGUGUAGCACUUGAGUCUAGGACAAGUCCAGUAGAGAAAUAUUAUCAUAGUAUUGAAUCAUAUCUUAUUAGAUUUUUAUCCCUGGUUGUAUUAUAUCACAUCAGAAUGUAUCCAAGUUUAUGGUAUUUCAUUGUAUCUUUUUAUCCUAUUUUUUAUUAUCGAUGUUAUCAUAUCCUAUCAUAUAAAAUCUCAUAUCUCAUUAUUUACGACUUCUUUCUCUACAGUGUAGCCAUUAGAUCUUAUUUAAUUAAAUAACAUUUAUGUGUAGCACCUUUAUUGUAUUAAAUUACACAGUGUAAAACCAUCAUUUGUUAUCACACUAUAUCACAUACAAUGGUACUGCUUAAUAUUAUAGCUUUCUAUUAAGCUGUUUAGUUUCAUGACGCAAUAUAACGUAAAAUAACGUAUUGUAAGAGUCAUAUCGUAACAUAUGGUAUUGUUUGGUAACGUAUCGUAUCCUAAUGUAUCCUGACAUGCCUUAUUGAAUCAUAUUUUAAUGUAUUGUGUCAUAACGUAUCGUAUUUUAUCAUAACUUAAUAUAUCGUAUAGUAACAUUAAAUAACGUGCCCUAUUGAAUCGUAACAUAACGUUGUGUCGUAUCAAAUCAUAUCAUAGCGUCACAUGUCGUUUCAUAUCGUAUCGUAACUGAGCGUAGCGUAUUGUCACGUGUCAUAUUGAAUCACAUCAUAUUGCAUCGUAAUGUCACGUAACUUUUUGUAACAUAUCAUAUCGUAUUGUAACACAAGGCAACAUAACCUAGUGUAACACAUUGUCACUCAUCAUAAAGUUAAGUUUUGUAUAGUAAUGUAUCGUAAUGUAACACAUCGUAACGUGUCAAAGCAUAAUGUAUCGUAACACAUGGUCACGGAUCGAAACGUUACAUAUUGUAUUGUAAUGUACCGUAUCGUAACGUGUCGUAGCGUAAUGUAAUGUAACGUAAACUGGUGUAAUGUAACAUUGCAUGUCAUAUCAUGAUGUAAUGUAUCGUACUGUAUUGUAUUGUAUGGUAACGUGUCGUAGUGUAGCUAGCCUAAUGUAAACUGGUGUAAUGUAACAUAUUGUAUCAUAACGUAUCGUAGCAUAUCGUGUUUUCGUAUUGUAACAUGUCGGUUAUAUCAUAUCAUUUGUAUGAAUCCCAUUAUAUCAAACAGAAUCUCAAACUCUCGCCUCUCUUCCUCUUCCUCUCAGGACAGCGUUUACACAGCCAGUCGAAACACAAAGAUCCCCGUGAGGUGGACGGCUCCUGAAGCGGCGAUCUACCAGCGUUUUUCCGUAAAAUCAGACGUCUGGUCGUUUGGAGUCCUGCUGUACGAAAUGAUGUCACGAGGCAAGAUGCCUUAUGAAGGUAGAGUUGAAGUUUUCUUCCACCUAAAAGCUCCAAAAAGAAACUGUUUUCUUCUUUCUAAGACAUUUAUAAAAUUUUAUGAAAAGUUUAUGACAAAGACAAAUGCACAGUCAGAUUUUCAAUUUGAGGUUCCUGAAGGUGAAAGAUUAGAAGGCAGCAGUCCUUGAAUUCACACAGAGGAGAAGAAGAGAGCGAGCAGUGCUGAUGAAAACAGAGACAGACAGACGUCAUUUAUCAGGGUGUCAGAUGUUGGUCUCUGGUAAAUAACUUUUUCUGGACGGCACUGUUUAAUAUAAAAAUGAUUCUGGUUGUAAAUUUAUAAUUCUGUUUAAAUUUUUCAUUUAGUAAAAAGACUUUUCUUUUUAUUUCUUAACCUUUUUAAUAUUCAGGGUUUUUUAUUUUUUGCUUGGGGCUGAGAGAGACUAAUGGUAUGAAAGUGCUGAGAGUGUCUCCAACUUUGUUAUUAUUAUUUCAGUCUUUUCCUUUAAUAUUUUAAAGGGAUAUUCCGGUGUAAAAUUUAGAAGAAAAAUGACAAAAUCUUUAGCUUUUAUGUUCAAGAGUCCUAAAAUCCAUCAGAUACAAACAUUAGUUUGUGUUGCUUUACCUGCAAAGUUGACUUUUUCCUAAAAUUCCUGAUCUUCCCAGUCGUGGUUUGGAAAUUCUGCAUCUCAAAUCGUUUCUGCAAAACAAAAGGUUAAAAAAGAUUCUGUGAGUUUUUCAGCUUUAAUACUUAUUUUUCUUUGUUUUAGGAAAAAGCAACAAAGAAGUUCUGGAUCUUCUAUCAUCUGGUUUCCGGCUCCCCUGUCCGACCCGCUGUCCUCAGAAUAUCUACCGAAUCAUGAUGGACUGCUGGGCGGCUGAGCCCUCCAAAAGACCUUCUUUCCACGCCCUGCACAGCCAGCUGGACACGAUAUAUGCCAGGAUAUAUUUCAAGACGAUCGAGGUAUAAAAGAGGAAGACGUGUCCUCUGCGGCGUUAAUCGAGGACGGACUUCAAACGUGAAGGAGACGUUCUCCUCUCUUAUGCAAUCCUCUCCCACAACAGGGUAUUUAUACUUAAAAACUGCAGAGUGUGACGGAGGACAAACGUGGACUCACAGGAGCGACGUUCGCCAAAUCCACGAUGAAGAAGAAAGGACAGAUGAGAGAAAAGCAGGCAGAGACUGUGAAUGGUGUGUAAAUACACUCCUACCUAAAGACACUCCAACCCUCGGCACAUUCACAGAACCAACUGUUUUUAAUUUUAUACCCUUUUUGUGUUUUAUAAAUACUAUUUUAUUACUCCUCGAUGUGCCAUGUCUGUGACUGCACACUUGGAAACGUUCGGACGUCACAGUCAGGUCUUAAAUUAAUCGGUUUUCUGACUGUGCGGAAAGAAGUGCAAUAAUUUAAUGCGAACCGGGUUUUUUAGCCACGCUAGCGGCCUGGUGCUACAGCUGCUGUGAUGUGGAUGGCUUAGCUUCUACGUCACAUAGGUCUAUAUCUCAUCAGUAAUCAGGACCGUGUCCGGAGCAGCUCUGGUGAUUUUGUGACAUCGAGCCAGGAUGUGUCUUUGUCAUGUUUUGAAGCACUCUAUCUUCUGAUGAACUUUUGACCAAACUGCCCUUAACAUCAGCUCUACUUUGGGGUUACAUAGAAGGACUAAAUGCAGGAAUCUAAUCGCCCAAAACACUUAUAAUCCGGGCGUUGCAUAAACCUGAAAAUCAAUCUCAAAGACGGAGUUAGACGUGUUGGGAUUUCUUUGCACUCUUGCUGUUUGGGUGGUUGAGAAGUCUAUAAGAGCUUCUCUGCAGAGCCAGGAGGGGAUUAGUUUAGCUCAGCAUUAAGACUGAAAGUGUGUGGAAACCACUGACUGUAUAUAUUAAGGACAGAAUACCUUCAUCUCCUCCCACUGUGGGUUUAAGGCCAAUACCACCUCCAUGGACGAAGCCAUGCCCAGAAUCAAUCCGACAUCGAACCAAAACACCAAAACGAAACAUCUCAGUUCCCCUCGAGUGGAUCCAGUUUGCAGAUAUUUACAGUUGUAGAAAGUUUAAUGACCUUGAGGAAGAGUCGGUCAUGUUUUCUCUAACAUCUAAUAACUAAUCAAACUGAAUUUGACAAAAUCAGGUCAAUAAGAACCGACUUUAACCAUGUUUGAGAAAGUUAAUCUAAAGAGAAUUUUAGUUUUCCACCCAUGUCCCAUCUGUUACAAUGAAAGAGGCAUGCUAUACAGCCAGCCACCAGGGGGAGCUCUAAGAUAUUUGGCUUUACUCGUCGUAGCUGUUGUUCCGUCCAUUAUUUUGUAGAGUUUAGAACAUGCGCACCUGCACAUCUCAUUAAUAACAAUCUUCUUUUAUCCUUUAAAAAUGUAAAUACACUCAUUUCUCAUCACAAACCCCUCGGUAUAACCAGCCUCUCAGCUUUUCCCCCUCCAAGUCUCAUAAUACUGGAGCCGUAUGACUGAAAAGGUUCGGUUUGUUAUCAACAGACACAUGAAGUCAGCCGGCCUCCAGUGUUGGUGUUGAUUGGUUUGGCUGGAGAAAGAUCCAAGUUUGCAUGCUCUGUGGGGCGAAGAGUUGGCAUGUUUUUAUUAACAGGAGGAAAACUCCGCUCAUAAGCAUGUUAGCACAUUUUGCAUGCCAGGAUUGAGGUCAAAGCACAGCUGAGCCUCCGUACAGCUGAGGCCGGUGUUGUACAGAGUAGAAAGCAGAAUGAAUGUCGAAAAGUUGGUCUGAGAGGUUCGGAGGGAUGACCAUUCCCCCCCUAAAGACACGCGCUGAGUUUUAAUUUAAAGGAAGUCAAAUUUCUUCUCCACUUUCAUUCACUUGUUUUUCAUUUCCCGGCCUCGUAGGGCCUCUAGCGUGGCUGCACACUGUUAAGGAACGUUCAGACUAAACCUGAUCGAUGUUUGUGAGCAGAAAGUCAACGCAACACUAGAUGAUUUAAGGUUCUCCUGAAGAUGCACAAACUCAGAAUAAGUCAGAUUACUGUUUCUGUCUGAGGAGACCUGGAGCUCCAAAACUUCAACUUUAAACAGAUGGUUUAGAAAACUUUAACGUGAACCGACACGAUCACAUUUAAGGUCCUGUAAAAGUGACGUUUUAGCCAAAUUUAGCACUCUCAUGUAGCUCCCAUAAAUCAGCUGUAAAUUUGCCAAAUACUCGUGUCACUCCAGCUGCCUUAAUCACACAAACUGGACGCUGCAACAAAACAGCUUCAUGUUUCGUCUGAACGCUCCGGAAGUUUUAUUAACCAAGAGCAAAAAGUAUUUAAGAGUCUGUUUCUGUUACAGGAGUCUGAGUGUUUUAGCGAAAUGAACACUGAAUUCAUGAACGGCGGCCAGUUUAGGGAAGUAUUCGAGUUUCUUUGAAUCUGCUGAUCCUGUAUGUUUUUAAAAAGAGACACAUGUACAGGCCUUAAAGUGUUUUAGACGCCCACAUAUACGGCCAGAAACAGCUGCAGUGCCUAUGUUUACACCACAGACCACACUUAUGAAUGCAGAUGGAAUGAAGAACAAAGGGUGAAAUCCCUGCACAGUGAAUCAGCCAUAUCCAGGAACCUUUGGGAGGGUGAGGGGACGGGCAAUUUCUGCACCACAAAAUUGUACAAUGAUGUUGCAAUGCAAUGCAAUUUGAGAACAAUGCAACUUUUUGUCUUUUAUGCAUGACAUUUACACCAGGCGAAGCCAAGUUCAGGAAGUUUUAGCCAUAAUCACCGAAUCACCGUCGAGAUCGAGUUCAUGUUGUGGACUGUGUGGCGCCAUUUGGCACCAAACACCAUUAAUGCAAAGAAUAAAGUAUUUUAUGUACUGUUUUGAAA